ACGAAAAGGCCAUUGAGCUGGAUUGUCCUUGUGUGCUUAUUCUUCAUGUGUAUAGGUGACUGGAAUAAGCAUGCAAAAUGUUCUACUAAUUGGGGAGAAUCUUGGUGGCUGUGCAUCUAUUUCUGGAUCAUUGCUUGGGGAGAAUACUGGCUGUCAAUGUGUUUGUUGUCAAGAAAUUGAUAUUUUGGAGAAAACCCAUAAGGCGUAUUGUAUUUAUUGAUGUAUUAGGAAGUUUUUCUGCACUUGGAGUUUUGAUUGCAAUUUGACAAAUGUCUGGAUUGGUAUUCAUUUGAAGCCAAACUUUCUUGUGUUUUUGUAUGUUGUUAGCUACAGUAAAGUGGGUUGUAAGAGAGUAAUUUGUUUUUUUAUUUUUGUUAGUUUUGUGAGAAACAAAUGUGUGGUAUUGUUGAUAAGCAAGAAGAAGUAAUUUGAUACUUUCUGUAAAAGAGUUUGAUGACGAAGUUUAUGCGGAUCAAUGGCAGAACCAACUCCUUUGUAGCAAAUCAUUUAUCCGAGUCUCUACAAUGCUUGGCUAGCACAUUAAGACGUUGGAGAAGUGGCCAACCUUCAGAAUCCUGGGAGGCUCAUAAGGCAGCAAUCCAAGCACUCAUAAAGCUGCCUUCAGGCGAGCUUGUUACAGGUUCAAGUGAUACAACUUUAAAACUUUGGAGAGGAAGCAAAUGUACACAUACUUUUGUUGGGCAUACAGAUCAAAUAUAGGCUGAUGCACUUGUUCUGAGGGGGAUCAGUUGCACAUUUGAGGAAGGGCACAAAAUACGUAUUGUUGGCAGAAUUGGCA